UUCAGGUGUGACUUUUACUAUUUACACCUAGCGUUGCGUCGGACGAGUGUUGAUUGAUGACCCACGUCUUAAGCUGUACACUCACACUUACCUAUAGUUGACGUAGAAGCAUGAAGGUGGAAGGGAAGGUCGCGCUGGUGACGGGAGGAGCUAGAGGCAUCGGUAAGGGAGUGUGUGAACUGCUACUGGAGAAGGGCGCCAAGGGUAUAUCAAUUGUUGAUUACAAUAAAGUAAAUGGAGAGAAAACGGAAGCGGAGUUUUCUAAGAAAUACGGAACUGGAAAGGCGACUUUCCUCCAUGCAGACGUCACCACGGACCAACUAGAAGACGCCUUUAAGAAGACAAAGGACGUGUACGGCCGUCUAGAUAUCGUCAUGAACAACGCAGGAAUCGCAGACGAAACAAAUCUUCAGCGCAUGAUCAGCAUUAACCUGAUAGCCGUCAUCACAGGAACACAGCUAGCGUUGAAAAUACAUGGGCAAGUGUAACGGUGGCAACGGAGGUGUCAUUAUAAACACAGCAUCUAUCGCAGGGUUGAGACCGUUUUGGAAUAUUCCCGCUUACUCGGGAACGAAGCAUGGAGUUAUAGGAUUCUCGCGUGCGAUGGCUAUGGUACAAG